AUGGGGAAGCUCAACUACCUUGGCAGAAAGAUUAGAGGCAUCAAAGCGGGCCAGGCCGUCUGGACUAGCCUGAAAAAGCGAUUCCCGCCUGAAGAUGGCAAUAAGUCGACAAGCCAUGAGGCGGCUUUGCGGGACCCUGUUCUUGAAAUCGAUGUUACGGGGAAAGAACUGACGGAUGAGGGCUUCAAGCAGUUCAUCGAUGUUUUGAUCGAGUGCAUCAAGUACAAACAUGCCGGGCAUUCCAAGAGCAUAGCACUAGUCACUGAGCUCCAUUUGCAAGGUAACCAGCUCACUGUGGAGUCGUUGGCUAAAUUAGCAGAGGUAGUCACUUUAUCAGAGGGUGACCUUCGGGAACUGGAUCUUUCCAAGAACCAGCUUCACAUCGAGACUGCGCAAGAUGUCGAAAAGUGGGAGGCCUUCCUCAAGGCAUUCAAGCAUUGUUGCCUGCUCAAGAAGCUUGAUCUAAGUGGCAACCCCCUCGGUUGUCUGGGCCUCGAGCACUUUGCGCGGGUCUACCUCAAGAGUGACCUCGACUGGCUUCCGAGUGAUGCUAAAGACAUUUAUGGUUCUGACAUUGAAGAAGAAAGUAGUCUAGUCGAGGAUACGGCUAGAAUGAAGUUGUCGGACAAAGAAAAUGAGCCCAAGAGAUCCAAAAGGUCGCCUAGUAAGGGUAAAAAGGCUCGUCCGAAAAGCCAUACACAAAUCGAUACGGCUGACUUGAUAAAGUAUACUUGUACUCGAGGUCUGCGUUCAAUUCCUCAUCUCGUCCUAUCGGAGAUUGGACUGUCCAAUACCAGCGCCCUUCAUCUGGAAAGCAUGAUCAGAAUACAACAAACGCCGGAGCACCAACUCGACUUUCUUCCUCCAGGGAAGUCUGUGACUCUGCCUCAAACUGCACCCCUGUGCAAGAGCAUAAUUUGGCGCCCUACCAAUGAUCUCCCGCCAUACACAGUGCGGCUACUGGAGGUGGCAGAAAGCCUUCGUGAUGUGAUGUCCGAUACAGAGCAUGAAGGGCAGAAUAUGGGCAACGAGAAUGACAGCACAGAGAAGUAUGCCAGCCGCGGCAGAAACAAAGGACAAGACCAUGACGAGGUAGCCGCAAACCAGACUAAGAAUGAGCUAAACCUUGAAUACACCCGUCUCUGCAAGCGCGUUCAACUUGAGGCGAUCAAGACAGAGGGAGUGCAUAGCAGCACACUUUGGAGCACCGCACUGAAAAUGAUGCUCAUUUCCCGGGCCAUCUUGCUGGAUGAUGACGAUCAUCCGAGAUCGGAUAGUAUGGUGGGAGGUGACGAUGACGAGAAUAACGAAUCCGCGGACGAAGGCGAGGAAGAGGUGGAGUGGAGCGAAGAUAAUGACGGCUCAUCUGAUGGCCCAUACUACGUUCAUGUGGAAUUCGUCGAGCCUCGUGUCCGGACUCGUGUGCGGUUUGUUGAACCUAAUACUGGUGCAUACGCGUAUCCAGGUGAAGACAUCGCGCACAUGGGCCCUCCGGUCACCGAAGCUGCCCCUGAAGAGGCUGAGGACCGCACCGGCCCACUUUACUCCCGUUCAGAAGCGUUCGACUCCGAAUUUCCCACCCUCCAGGAGGCAUAUGAACCAUCCCCACCGAUGAGAGCGGCUAUCCCGACUGAAGUGAUGUCAACCCCUCCUGCAACGCCCCCGAACACACGUACAAGGAACAAGGACCUUGAUGAAAACCGCGUGUGCCGGUUCAACAUUCCCUUUAAGGUGUGGCGACGAACAAUUGCCUAUGCCGUCGGCGCGGAUGGAAUCCUCGACACUCAUCAGCAGAAUUGCAUUCUAAUGUAUGCCGCUAGCUGGGAAGCCCUUGAAUACGCGCAGACAUUUCAAGGUGCCGAGAAGCACCAACAAAUUUGGAAGCUCCUCCAGACGCUGGGAUGCUUCAACUACAGCAUGGGGAGGAUGAUGAAUCCCAGCCAGCUAAACGUGUCCUGA